AUGGAAGUUGCCUGUGAAAUCGAAAUGAUCAAAGAUCCUGAGACACGCAAAUCUAAUAUCACUUAUGUAGCAAGACAUAUCGAAGAUGCAUUGACUUCACAACGUGAAUACCGCUCUGGCUGUGGUGUUCGCUUUAAGCACUGUUUAGCUAGAAGUUGCUGUUUAUGUUUUUUUCUACUGAAUAAAAUCCUGGGGGCAAAUUAUACAUUCUACGGCUUGGAUUUACUACGUGAUAUAAGUGAAGGUUAUGUUUGGCAAGAAUCCGGGAAUUUUCCUCGAAUCACACUUUGUGAUUUUGAAGUACGCAAAGUAGCCAAUAAGCACAGACAUACAGUUCAGUGUGUACUACCAAUCAACAUGUUCAAUGAGAAAAUCUUUAUAUUUCUAUGGUUCUGGUUUAUCUUGGUAGCUGCUGUGAAUACAAGUAGUUUUUUGUACUGGUCAUACAAAUCAAGUUUUCGUGGCACAAGAGUACAGUUCAUCAGAAAAUUUUUAAAACUACGUGAUGCACUGGAACCAGGUGAUAAGAAAAAAACAUUGGCAUUUGUGGAUUCAUACUUAAGACAAGAUGGUGUAUUUAUUUUAAGGCUAACAGCACAAAAUGCUGGUGAACUGGUUGCUGCUGAGAUUGUCGAAAGACUGUGGCAUAUAUACAGAGGACACCAAAAUGUGGUGAGUACGACUCCUUCUCAACCAGCUUCCCAUUCAUUUAUGCAACAGACACAAGUACCGCAGCAUCAAAAGUCACACCGUUACUCACAUCACCAUUACCGUCAACGUUCAAGUACAGCUUCCAGUAACAACUAUCGUGCUAGUCGAUCCCUCACACCACUGAGCCCUUCGGAGUCAUCAGAAGCUAAGAGAAGGCCACCUCCUAGUUAUCCAUCCUAUGAGUUACGGCCAAAACCGAUAACUUCAGAAGGUAAGCAGCUUCCACCUCCUCUUCCACCACUGUUACGACCUUCGGCUCCGCCGCCACUUCCUCCUCCACCUCCAGUAACAACAAUCAGUGGGGGUUUGGAUGGUGUAAGCAAUUCAAUUACCACUCAUAGCCAAGCAUCAACAGUUACUGAGAACACUGACCAGUCUGUAAGAAUGAGGCCAAAAAUCUCUGGAAGUAUUGGAUUUGAAAGCUUAAGAACUUCAGCAAGUCGCCAGUCAGAUUCUAAAACUAGCCAGGAUUUACGUAGGGGACCACCUUAUACAGGUGACAGCUCAAUUUUGGGCACUACUACCGUUAGAACCAACAAUUCUACUCAAAAACAGCAGAUAAAUAAUCGGAACUCACACAUUAGAAAUCAAGCAGAAGAAGAUCCCGGGGAAUUUGUUUGA